CAUUUACGCCAACCUCACGCAGACACAACAAGAGAAGAGCAGGAAGUCGAACACCGCUACCUAGAUAAUCUGCUUUAAACAGUCUUUGAAUAAGUGUUAGAAAGGUUGUCGUUCAGUUUUAACUUUCCAACAGAGCUAUUCGUUGUCCAGGAUUACAAAGAGCUAUAGUUUUUAAUAUGAUUUUUGGAUUUGCGAGCAAACGAAAAUAGUGAGCAUUGAUUGAUAAAGCCAAACAAACGAUGUGACAUUGUUGCAGGUGUCUCAACCUACGUUUUACUUCUGACUAAAGAUGCCUGCCCGUAACAUUGUAACUAACGGUAUUCCUAGCAGUAAAGUUAGGUAUUCUAAAUUACCGAAUGAUGAUGACGGUUAUAUUGACCUUCAGUUCAAAAAGAGUCCACCUAAAGUGCCAUACAAAGCCAUUGCAUUGGCCACCGCCCUUUUCUUAAUUGGCUCCCUGCUGAUAACCAUAGGGGCCCUGCUCCUGGCGGGAUACUUUGACGUCAAGGAUAGGGAUAGAACGGUGCCAGUCAUCAUAAUUGGAAUACUGGUUUUCCUUCCUGGGUUCUAUCACUUGCGGAUAGCCUACUAUGCAUCAAAAGGUUACCGUGGAUAUUCUUAUGAUGACAUUCCAGAUUUUGAUGACUGAACCUCGCAGGCUCCUGUAGCUGCUGAUUUCAUUAACUCCUCUGGUGGAAAUACUGUUUCUGUGUGCUGGGAAAGCAUGGCUUACUCCUAAAGCCACUUGUCCUGUCAACUAGGAAAGACAAGUAGGCCUACACAAUGAAAGACAAAUGUUUUUUUGCUACAAUUCAAUGACAUAAAUGUGAUUCUAGGAGAUAUAUCUAGUCAUAGCUCAUACUUCAGUAAUCUACCAUGGAGUUUAUUUCUUUAUGCAAAAGUCUACCAAAACAUUGUACAAUGUCUUUCUUAAAAAAUAAAAUAAAAAACUUGCUUGCUAUAACAUUUGCACGUUAAUGGCUCGAUUGCAAAAAAAGAAAAUUACAUAUGCACAAUGUCUGCACAUAGUUAAUUCAAUGGGUUACUUUGCUUACAUAUUUAUACAAUCAGAAAUGUCUGUUGCAAUUUCCAAAAUAAAGCCUUUCAUCUCCAUAGGGUUUUAUGCCUGUGGAAAAUCUUCCCUAGAAAUUAGGCUACAACAAACAUGUAAAUUUAUUUUCAUUCCAAAACUGGUAUUGUAUUCCGGAUGCUUCUAUCAAUAAAAUAUGUUAAUAGUU